CAUUACAGGCCAGCAACUCGAUACAAUGUCCAUUUACAGUGAGAGUACUGUGUGAGGAGGAUGAACUUUUGAGCUCAAUUCCGCCAAGAGAUCUGGAGCCCCCUCGUAGAAGACCCCCGACGUCAGCUAGAACUGCCCAGAGAUUGAUUGCUCAAAGUAUGGGUAUAAAGUUGCCUUCUACAGACUUUGGAUCCAGAGAAUAUAGGAGACAGGAGGAAGCCAGGAAGAACCGGAUCGUUUCAAGACAAAAUAUGAGGAAUGAUGCUUGGGGUGAUGAUGCCAACUAAGGAUUCAUUUGUUCAAGCUCUCUAAAAAUUUCAUGUUUUUCUUCAGUAUGCAUUAACCAGUGUUACAGAUCUGAAAUCCCCAAGCAUUAACCGGCCUUACAUUUUGAGUUUUGCAUAUCUUCACCAGUUUUGAACAGAUGAAUAAUAUCUGAGGAAUUCUUGAUAUUGUCCCGUCGAUUAAAAAAGUAGGUACUCUUACUCAUCCUUGUAUAGCUACAGAAAUGAGCCAAACCUUAUUCAGUUCUCAGUUUCUGAUGUAUAUCUCUGAUGUCAAAAUUGUAUCAUUUGUUUUGGCUGGCAAUCUCAUUGGAAGCUUUGACUUAUC